AUGAGAGAAGCAGCAUUAAUAGGAUUAUUAGCGAUAACAGUUGCCCUGACAAAUGCCUUCGGUAUUGGAUUAAAUGGCAAUCUUGGAGGUAUCGGUGCCGGUAUAAAUAUUGGCGGAAUUGGAACUGCGAACAAUAAUAAAAAUAAGAAUGCCGGAUUACUGGGAUCUGGUAUCACAGCUGGCCUUGGAAGUGAAAAGAAAGUUUCGACUGGUUUUGGUGCAAACCUUGGUGGAUUAGAAGCUGGUGUUAAACUUGGUGGAAAUAAUGGCGGUUCUAAGGGCUCUGCUGGUAUUGGAGCUAAUCUUGGUGGUGUCGGAACAGGUUUAAACAUUGUCGGAUCAAGGGGCUCUGCUGGAAUUGGUGCCAAUCUUGGAGCUGGUUUAAAUAUUGGAGGACUUGGUACUGCAACGAAUAAUAAAAAUAAGAAUGCUGGCCAAGGAGGUGACAAGAAAGCAUUUGCUGUAUCUGGUGUAAAUCUUGGUACAGUCGAAGCUGGUGUUAAUCUUAGCGGAAUAGGUGGUAAUAUUGGAGGUAUUAGCGGAAUUAAGGGCGGUUCAAAGGGCUCUGCUGGUAUUGGUGCCAAUCUUGGAGGUGUCGAAGCUGGUUUAAAUAUUGGUGGACUUGGCACUGCGAACAAUAAUAAAAAUAAGAAUGCCGGUCUAGCAGGUGAAAAGAAAGUAUCUGCUGGAGCUGGGGUAAAUCUUGGUGGAGUCGAAGCUGGUGUUAAGCUUGGUGGAUUAAGUGGACAAUCUGGAGGUAUUAGUGGUAGUAAUGGCGGUUCUAAGGGCUCUGCUGGUAUAGGAGCUAAUCUUGGAGGUGUCGAAGCUGGUUUAAAUAUUGUCGGACUUGGCACUGCGAACAAUAAUAAAAAUAAGAAUGCUGGCCUAGGAGGUGACAAGAAAGCAUUUGCUGUAUCUGGUGUAAAUCUUGGUACAGUCGAAGCUGGUGUUAAUCUUAGCGGAAUAGGUGGUAAUAUUGGAGGUAUUGGCGGAAUUAAGGGCGGUUCAAAGGGCUCUGCUGGUAUUGGUGCCAAUCUUGGAGGUGUCGAAGCUGGUUUAAAUAUUGUCGGACUUGGUACUGCGAACAAUAGUAAAAAUAAGAAUGCCGGUCUUGGAGGCGAAAAGAAAGUAUCUGCUGGAGCUGUGGUAAAUCUUGGUGGAGUCGAAGCUGGUGUUAAGCUUGGUGGAUUAAGUGGACAAUAUGGAGGUAUUAGUGGUAGUAAUGGCGGUUCUAAGGGCUCUGCUGGUAUAGGAGCUAAUCUUGGAGGUGUCGAAGCUGGUUUAAAUAUUGUCGGACUUGGUACUGCGAACAAUAGUAGAAAUAAGAAUGCCGGUCUUGGAGGCGAAAAGAAAGUAUCUGCUGGAGCUGGGGUAAAUCUUGGUGGAGUCGAAGCUGAUGUUAAGCUUGGUGGAUUAAGUGGACAGUCUGGAGGUAUUAGUGGUAGUAAUGACGGUUCAAAGGGCUCUGCUGGUAUUGGAGCUAAUCAUGGAGGUGUCGAAGCCGGUUUAAAUAUUGGUGGACUUGGCACCGUCGGUCUAGGAGGUGAAACGAAAGUAUCUGCUGUAUCUGGUGUAAAUCUUAGUACAGUGAAAGAUGGUGUUAAGCUUGGCGGAUUAGAUGGAAACAUUGGAGCUAAUAGUGGAAGUAAUGGCGGUUCUAAAAACUCUGCUGGUAUUGCAGCUAAUCUUGGAGGUGUCGAAGCCACUUUAAAUAUUGGCGUUUCAAAGGAUUCUAAUAUUGGAGGAUUAAGUCAUGGUGGCUCUAAGGGUUCAAUUGUCAUCAGUUCUCACACUUCUAAGGAUACUGCUGGCAAUGGUGCUAAUAUUGGUGUCUCAAGUGGAAAUUCUAAGGGUUCUGUUGGCAUUGAAGCUAGCCUUGGUCAAGCUGUCGACAAGAUUAAUGGUCAUAAAAUUGGUACAGUUGCUGCCGUUGCUUCCAGCGAUUCCGAAUCUAAGAAACCAAUCAUAUCAGGUGCUAUUGGAGUUGGUUCUACUGCAGAUGUUUCUAGCACAAUUAGUAUUAAUGAAGGGGGCGUUUCCGGUACCAUUGGUCUUGGUUCUUCUUCCUCAUCUGGUGUCAAUGGUAUUCAUAAAUCGGGUGCCUCUGGUAGUAUCACUGCUGGCAGUAUUGGAACCAGUACUAAUCAUAAAGUGGAACUAAAUGGGGAUAAUAAAAUCACUAAAACUUCUGCUAGUAUUGGAUCCAAUUUCGAUGGUUUAAAUGCUGGUAUUGGAGCUGCCGGAACCAGAGUUGGGAAUGACGGAUCCAAUGAGGCUAACGUAUCUGGUAACCUAGGCGUUUCUGGCAGUAUUAGUAGCGGUAAUAAAUACACGUAUGGUGCAGCUAACAAAGGAGGUAUCUCUGCUAGCAUUGGAUCUGGAAUUAGCAGUGGACAUAAAGUCGUUGCAUCUUCCUCAUCUAGUACUAGUGCCUCAUCUGGAGCAUUCCAAAAAGUUGGAUGCGAUGUCAGUUCGGGAAAGUAUUGUAAACACGAUCCAGGCAGUUACGGAUCAUCUCAUCAUGGUGGCAGUAAGACAACAUUUAGUUGGCAUUUCAUUGGUGGAAGUUCCGCCAAUAAAGGAAGUUAUGGUGGAACAUGGCAUACUGGCCUAUAUGGAAAUAAUGGCAAAUAUAAUGGAACUUGGUUAGUUGGCAGCAAUGGUAAUAAGGGGAAUUAUGGUGGAUCUUGGCAUGGUGUUGCAUCUGGUUAUCAAGAAAAUAACAAAGGUGGAACUGCUGGUAGUAGCGAUGGAUCUUGGACUGGCAGCCUAUCUGGCAAAAAAGAAAAUAACAAUGCGGUAGAUUCUGGUAAUAAGGACAGUAGCAGUGCCGGAUCAUGGACUGGCGGCCUAUCAAGUAAUAAUGGAAAUAACAAAGAUGGCGCUUCUGGUAAUAAUGGUAGUUACGGUGGAUCUUGGACUGGCAGCAUAUCUGGCAAUAAAGAAAAUAACAAAGGUGGAGCUUCUGGUAAUAAUGGCAGCUCUGGUGGUAUAUCCGGAAGCUAUGCUGGAUCUUGGCAUGGUUCAGUCUCGGGUAAUAAGGGAAAUUAUGGCGGAUCUUGGCAAAGUUCUGGUAUCUCCGGCAACAAAGGAGGUAAUGGUGGUUCAUAUCACGUCGGUAUCUCUGGCAGUAACACAGGUGGAACUUCUGGUAAUAAGGGCAGUAACGGUGGAUCAUGGAAUGCGCACAGCAGUGCUGGAAGUAAUGCAGAAAAAGGCAGUUAUCAAGCAUCAUCUUCAAGUUCUGUAAGCACUUCGACAAAUGUUGGAUCAGGACAGGGUGGUAAUAAGGAAAAUUAUGCUGGAUCAUGGCAAGACUCUGGUAACUCUGGCAACAAAGGAGGUAAUGGUGGUUCCUAUCACGUCGUUAUCUCUGGCAGUAACAAAGGUGGAGCUUCUGGUAAUAAGGGCAGCAACGGUGGAUUAUGGCAUGGUGCCAUCUCUAGCAGUGUUGGAAGUAAUGCCCACAAAGGCAGUUAUCAAGCAUCCUCUUCUGUUAGCACUUCCACAAAUGUUGGAUCAGGGCAGGGUGGUAAUAAGGGAACUUAUGCUGGAUCGUGGCAAGGCGCAGUAUCUGGUAUCUCUGGCAACAAAGGAGGUAAUGGUGGUUCCUAUCACGUCGGUAUCUCUGGCAGUAACACAGGUGGAACUUCUGGUAAUAAGGGCAGUAACGGUGGAUCAUGGAAUGCGCACAGCAGUGCUGGAAGUAAUGCACAAAAAGGCAGUUAUCAAGCAUCAUCUUCAAGUUCUGUAAGCACUUCGACAAAUGUUGGAUCAGGACAGGGUGGUAAUAAGGAAACUUAUGCUGGAUCAUGGCAAGACUCUGGUAACUCUGGCAACAAAGGAGGUAAUGGUGGUUCCUAUCACGUCGUUAUUUCUGGCAGUAACAAAGGUGGAGCUUCUGGUAAUAAGGGCAGCAACGGUGGAUUAUGGCAUGGUGCCAUAUCUAGCAGUGUUGGAAGUAAUGCCCACAAAGGCAGUUAUCAAGCAUCCUCUUCUGUUAGCACUUCGACUAAUGUUGAAUCAGGGCAGGGUGGUAAUAAGGGAACAUAUGCUGGAUCAUGGCAAGGCGCAGUCUCUGGUAUCUCUGGCAACAAAGGAGGUAGUGGUGGUUCUUAUCAUGUCAGUAUCUUUGGCAGUAACAAUGGUGGAACUUCAGGUAAUAAGGGCAGUAACGGUGGUUCAUGGAAUGCGGACAUAACUAGCAGUGCUGGAAGUAAUGCCCACAAAGACAGUUAUCAAGCAUCCUUUUCAAGUUCGACAAAUGUUCAAAAAACCGACAGCAGUUCGACAAAUAAAGGAAAUAAUAGUGGAUCUUACUUCGGUGGAAUAACUGGCGUAGUUUCCGGCAAUAAGGAUACAACGUCAUCAAGUUUUACAAACACUACAACAAAUGCGCAUGAUAAUAAAGGAACUUAUGUUGGAUCCUAUCCAGUUACCAUCACUGGAAAUACGGAAGUUGGAACUUUGGAAAAUAAUGGACCUGGCAGUAUUGACGGAACCGGAAAUGUUUCUGUCAUCGCUUCUACAAGUUCCAAUGCUAAUGUUCAAGGAAUUGCCUCUGGAAUUAAUUCUGUUUCAGGUCAUGCAAUCGUAGGUAAUGGAGUUAAUGGCUCUACUGCCUCCAAUGUCCAUGUUGUCUCCUCAUCUGGAACUGCAUCAACCCAUGUGAAUAUAGAUGCUCAUGGUAACAAAAAUGGGUCAGCUUUGGGUUCAUCAUCUUCAGUAGUAUCUGCAGGUGUCAAUGGAAAUGUUCAUGGCUCCACUGUUGGAAGUAACGAUGGAUCCUACCAUGGCGGUAUCUCUGGUAAUAAAGGAAGUUAUUCUGGAUCUUAUCAUGUAGACAUAUCUGCCAAUAAAGGAACUAACAAUGGAUCAUAUCAGGGUGGUAUCUCUGGUAAUAGUGGUAAUAAUAAAGGUGGAGCCUCCGACAAUAAGGGUAGUUACAGCGGAUCUUGGAGUGGUGGUAUCUCUGGAAAUAAAGGAAGUUUGGGUGGAAACAUUGGUCACAAAGUCAGCUAUGUUGUUGGAAAUGGUAGUGGUAACAAGGUCACAACCUCUAUCCACGGUUCCACUAAUAAAUUUGGUAGCGUUUCUCUCUCUGCCUCUUCGACAAUCAAUAAGGGAACUUCCAAUGUACAAAAUAAUGCCCAGGGAUCCGGAAGUGGCUCUGCUCAUGUUGCUACAAGUUCUAGUACAACUGUUCAAGGAAUUGGCUCUGGAAUUAGUUCCGGUUCAGGUCAUGGUGUUGUAGCUAGUGAUGUUCAUGGUGCAGCAGCUUCCAUUUCUAAUGUUGCCGCCUCAUCUGGAUCUGCAUCAACUAAUGCGAAUAUAAACGUCCAUGGUUCGUCAGCAUCAAAGGUAUCUGGUUCAGGUCAUGGUGCUGCAUCCGGUACUGGAUCCAAAGGUCCUAACGGAAAUGUUCAUGGUAACAAAUACGGAGCACCUUUGGGUUCAUCAUCCGUAGUAGUAUCCGCAAGUGUCAAUGGAAAUGCUCCUGGUACUACUGUUGGAAGUAAUCAAGGCGGCAUUUCUGGUAAUAAAGGAAGCUAUUCUGGAUCACAUCAUGUAGGCAUUUCUGCCAAUAAAGGAACUAACGCUGGAUCUUAUCAUGGUAGUAUCGCUGGUAAUAAUAAAGGUGGUGCUUCCGGCAAUAAAGGAAGUUAUAGCGCAUCUUGGCAUGGUGGCAUCUGGGGAAAUAAAGGAGGUACCGGUGGAUCUUGGCAUGGUGCCACCUCUGUCAGUAUUGGAAAUAAUGGUCACAAAGGCAGCUAUGUUGUUGGAAAUGGUAGCGGUAACAAGUUCACAACCUCUAUCCAAGGUUCCACUAAUAAAUUUGGUAACGGUUCGACGCAAAGCUCUACAGGCUUCCUCUCUGCCUCUUCGACAAUCAAUAAGGGAACAUCCAAUGUACAAAAUAAUGCCCAGGGAUCCGGAAGUGACUCUGCUCAUGUUGCUACAAGUUCUAGUGCUAAUGUUCAAGGAAUUGCCUCUGGAAUUAGUUCCGGUUCAGGUCAUGAUGUUGUAGGUAGUGAUGUUCAUGGUGCAGCAGCUUCCAUUUCUAAUGUUGCCGCCUCAUCUGGAUCUGCAUCAACUCAAGUGAAUACAAACGCUCAUGGUUUGUCAUCAUCAAAGGGAUCUGGUUCAGGUCAUGGUGCUGCAUCUGGUACUGGCUCCAAAGGUCCUAACGGAAAUGCUCAUGGUAACAAAUAUGGCACAGCUUUGGGUUCAUCAUCUGUAGUAGUAUCCGCAAGUGUCAAUGGAAAUGUUCCUCUCACCACUGUUGGAACUAACGUUGGAUCUUACCAUGGAUCUGGUAAUAAAGGAAGCUAUUCUGGAUCUUACCAUGUAGGCAUCUCUGCCAAUAACAAAGGUGGAGCCACCGGCAAUAAGGGUACUUACAGCGGUUCAUGGCAUGGUGUCACCUCUGGCAAUAAAGGAAGUUCUGGUGGAUCAUGGUCUGGUACCACAUCUGGCAGUAUUGGAAAUAAUGGUCAUAAGGGCAGUAUUGUAGGUGGUUAUGGUAGCGGUAACAAGGGAUCAACUACUAGCCAUGGUUUCGUCAAUAAAUUCGGUAGUGGUUCGACGCAUAGCACGACCAGUUUCUUCUCAGCAAAUAAUAAGACGAAUAUAAACCUCCAGGGUUUAUCAACGGGAACUGGUUCAGUUCAUGGUGCUGCAUACGGUACUGGCUCCAAAGGUCCUAAUGUUCAUGGUAAUAAAUAUGGAGCAGCUUUGGGUUCAUCAACUAUAGUACAAUCCGCAAGCGUCAAUGGAAAUGCUCCUCUCACCACUGUUGGAAGCAGCAAUGGAUCCUACCACGGUGGCAUCUCUGUUAAUAAAGAAAGCAAUUCUGGAUCUUACCAUGUAGGCAUCUCUGGCAAUAAAGGAACUAACAAUAGUUCAUACCACGGUGGCACAUCUGGUAAUAAUAAAGGUGGAGCCACCGGCAAUAAGGGUACUUACAGCGGUUCAUGGCAUGGUGUCACCUCUGGUAAUAAAGGAAGUUCCGGUGGAUCAUGGUCUGGUACCACAUCUGGCAGUAUUGGAAAUAGUGGUCAUAAGGGCAGUAAUACAGGUGGUUAUGGUAGCGGUAACAAGGGAGUAACAACUAGCCAUGGUUCCAUCAAUAAAUUCGGUAGUGGUUCAGCGCAUAGCACGACCGGUUUCUCCUCAGCAUCUCCCGCAAUCAAUAAGGGAACUUCCAAUACAAAUGUGUCAAGUAGUGUCCACGGAACCGUUGGUGGCUCCGCUCAUACUUCUACAAGUUCUACUGCUAACGUUCAAGGAAUUUCACCAGGAAUUCAUUCCGGUUCAGGUCAUGGUGUGGUAGGUAGUGGAGUUCUUGGUUCUGCUGCAUCCAAUGCCCAUGUUACCGUCUCAUUUGGAUCUGCAUCGUCUCAAGCAAAUAAAACCCUUCCUGAUUCAUCAACAUCAAAGGGACCAACUUUAGUUCAUGGUUCUUCAUCAAGUAUUGGCUCCAAAGGUUCAAGUGGAUAUGGUAGUGGAUAUGGCGCUGCAUCGGGUUUAACUUUUAUUCAUGGUUCAAUAACAGCCAGUCAUGAUGAAACCAGCAAUGUCUCGGGUGUAGCUCCUGGUGCUGGGUCGACUUCUCAACAGGCGUCCAGCUCACAUUUGACACCUGCAAUUGCCCAUGAUACAGAAUCGAUCUCCACUGAAGCAGCAGUUUCUGACACUGGAAGUGCUUAUGUCACCGCACCGCAUUUAGUGUCUGCUUCUUUGACAAGUGGCAUUGCAUCUGCCCUAGCUUCGACUGUUAGUCACGACGUUGGAUCUACUUCUACUCAGGGAUCUGUUGUUGACAAUGGAAGUGGUUAUGGAGCUGCUUCCGGCAUAGCAACCACAUCACUUCAAGCAAUAACUACUGGCAUUAGUUACUAUGGUGCUGCUUCCGGCAUAUCAUCCGGUAUUGGAUUGGGUACCGGUCUCGGAAUUGCAUCUGCUCAUGGAUCAUCAAUUGUAAGUGGAUCUUCCGAUGGCUUAAGAACUGCUAAUGAUAAUGCUUAUGGUGCUGCAUCCGUCGGAUCUGUUUCAACUUCAACUGGAUCGGCAACUGUCAGUGGAAAGGCACCAGGUUCUGCUACAGGUUCUAAAUCUGCCAGUGGUAAUAGCCAUGGCUCUGUCUCAUCACCUAGUCGUGUUUCUGGAUCUCCCUCAAUCCAUCAAGGGGUAACUGGCAGUGUUUCCUCUACUGGAUCUGGUUUAACUCAUGCUAAUGGUUCUGUAUUUACCAUGGGUUCCAAACCUGUCAGUGGAAGUUACCAUGGUUCCGUCGUUGGAACUGGUUCACUUUCUGGCCAUGGAUCGGAAUCUGUCUCAACUCAUGAAGUUAAAACUCCAAGUGUUUCUGCUUCUGGAUCUGUUACUAGUCACGUUAAUGAAUCUGUCUCAAUUCAAGGGCCAAAUACUGUCAGUGCUUCUGGUUCAACUCAUGGUAAUGGUUACGGUGCUGCAUCCGCCUCUGCUUUAAAUACAGCCUCUUCUGGAUAUACCUCAAUUCAUGGAGAGACAACUGUCGGCGGAAAUAGAAUUGGUUCCAUCACUGGAACUGGCUCACCUUCUGGUCAUGUCUCUGGAUCUGUCUCAAUUCAAGGUCCGGCUACUGUCAGUGGUUCAACUCAUGACAGUGGUUAUGGUGCUGUAUCCGCUUCAAAUACAGCUUCUUCCGGUUCUACCUCGAUUCAUGGAGCGGCAACUGUCGGCGGAAAUGGUCUUGGUUCUAUCAUUGGAACUGGUUCCUCAUCUAGUCAUGGCUCGAAAUCUGCCUCAACUCAAGGACCGGCUACUGUCAGUGGUUCUGGUUUAAUUCAUGGUAAUGGUUAUGGUGCUGCAUCCGCCUCUGCUUCAAAUACAGCCUCUUCCGGCUCUACCUCAAUCAAUGGAGCUGCAAAUGUCGGCGGAAAUGGUAUUGGUUCUAUCAUGGGAACUGGCUCAUCAUCUAGUCAUGGCUCUGGAUCUGCCUCAAUUCAAGGACCGGUUACUGUCAGUGGUUCCGGUAUAACUCAUGAAUCUACCACAAUCAAUGGAGCUGCUACUGUCGGCGGAAAUGGUAUUGGUUCUAUCAUUGGAACUAGUUCGACUACUGUCAGCGGUUCCACUACUUAUGGUAGUGGUUAUGGUGCUGGCUCACAUUCUGGUCAUGUCUCUGGAUCUGUCUCAAUUCAAGAUCCGGCUAUUGUCAGUGGUUCAACUCAUGGUAAUGGUUAUGGUGCUGCAUCCGCCUCUGCUUCAAAUACAGCCUCUUUCGGUUCUACCUCAAUCAAUGGAGCUGCAACUGUCGGCGGAAAUGGUCUUGGUUCUAUCAUUGGAACUGGCUCAUCAUCUAGUCAUGGCUCUGGAUCUGCCUCAAUUCAAGGACCGGCUACUGUCAGUGGUUCUGGUACAACUCUUGGAUCCACCUCAAUCAAUGGAGCUGCUACUGUCGGCGGAAAUGGUCUUGGUUCUAUCAUUGGAACUAGUUCGACUAGUGUCAGCGGUUCCACUACUUAUGGUAGUGGUUAUGGUGCUGCAUCCGCUUCUGCUUCCAGUACAGGCUCUUCUGGAUCUACAUCAAGUAAUGGAGCGGCUACUGUCAGUGGUUCUGCUACAGGUGUUGGUUCUCUUGCUGUUAAGCCAUCUGGCAUUGCAUCCAGCCCUGCGUCUGUGGGUCAUACUACGACAACAUCAUUUACCCAAACUUCUGGAUCUAAAGGUGGAAAUAGUGGUUCCGCAACUCAUGGUGGAUUGAAUGCUGGUCUUGUAUUUAUUGGAGGCUACGGCGGAUUAUUAGCUUCAAAUGGUGUUAAAGGCAAUGCCGGCUCAAAGGGAAACCGCAAACAACAAACUACUUCUGGAAGUUCAACCCAUAAAUUUGGAUCAAACACCAGCAGUGGAGCUUCAGCGGGUUCUAGUCAUGGUGGCAGCGGAUACAGUGGUUCAAAAGGAAAUCAAUAUGUAGGUAUUGGAACAAAUGUUGGUGGCACACAUAACAGUAGAUUUCCAGGUGCAUCUGGAUCGCUUGGCCUCAAUAACAAAGGAACAAAUGGCGGUUCCGCACAUAAAGUUGUAUACACCACCGGUUGGGCUACGCCCUUUGCCAGUUUUGACGGAAUUUAUGGCAAUAUUGGUCCCGGAGGCCAACUUCAAUUUUACGAUUGGAAAGGAAACCAAAUUUUACCUGGAGGCUCAACAAACAAAGGAGGAUAUACCACUGGCGUAUCUUCGACUGCUUCCAGUGUUGGCGGACUUUCGGGUGCUAUUGGUACCGGCAGCUACAUUGGAUCGCUUGGUUCAAAAGGAGAUAAAAUUUACAUUGGAGGUACAACAACAAACAAAGGAGUUUACAAACCUAUUGCUGUUUCCAGUUAUGGCGGAUUUUCGUCUGGCAUUGGCACCGGUGGUCAGUUUGGACCCUAUGGCGGAUUUUCGACUGCUAUUGGUGCCGGCGGUCAGUUUGGACCCUAUGGUACAAAGGGAGAUCAAAUUUACACUGGAGGCCAAACACACAAAGGAGGCUAUGGCAGCGCUACAACUUUUUUUGUUCCCAAUUUUGUCGGACUUCCGGGUUCGAUUGGUACCGGAAACUAUGUCGGAACUUAUACCACAACAAACAAAGGAAUUCCAGGUGGUUAUCUUGCAACCAACAUUGUUGGCACAAACAAUGGGGGUUAUAGCAUUACAACCAGUAAUGGUGUUAGUGCCUCAACAGGAUUCAAAAGACCCUCAGGGUCGAUUGUUACCAACAGCCAUACUGGGUCUUAUGGUUCAAAAAUUAAACCCAAUAAAGGUAUUACAGCCAGCGUUGGCAGCACACAAAGUGCGAGUUCUGGUGCUUCCUCCCAAGGUAGCAUAAGUGUUGGUGGUAUUGGCUCUGUCAAUAAAGUCGGCUUUGGAGGGGCUUUAAAUGGUUUAAAUCUUGGAGGCCUCUCGGCUUCUAUUGGCGGUGCUAACAAGCAUGGGUCUAAGGGAAGCUAUGCUGGGUCCAAUAACAAUGGUCUUGGUCUCUCAGCAAAUUUGGGUGGCGUAUCUGCUGGAUUUGGUCUGUUUGGUAGAUAA